UCUUUCCCUCAAGAAAUUUUUUACAUAAUUUUUCAGAGUUCUGUUCUGCUACACAGAAUUAUAUGUUUCUAGUGAACGGAUUGUAGGAAACUAUGUGCAUAGCAGUGUUUAUUUGGCUAGCUCACCCACUUUACCCGUUCUUUCUCUUGCUCAACAGAGAUGAAUAUCAUGACAGACCUACUGAGCCAGUAUCAUGGUGGGGUGAUGGAGAUAUAUUGGGCGGAAGGGACGAAGUUGCAGGAGGAACAUGGUUGGCUUGUACAAAAGGAGGCAAAGUAGCAUUUAUCACCAACGUUUUGGAGUCUCUUACUCUACCUGACGCAAAAAGCAGAGGAGACUUGCCGGUUCGUUUCUUGAAGAGUACAAAGAGCCCAAGGGAGUUCGCCGAGGAAGUGCUAAAAGAAGCAGAUCAGUAUAAUGGGUUUAACCUAAUAUUAACUGAUCUUUUAUCGAAAACCAUGAUUUAUGUCUCUAACAGACCCAAAGGAGAAGUCAACUCAAUUCAAGAGGUUUCAUCAGGAGUUCAUGUACUCUCAAAUGCCAAGUUGGAUUCUCCUUGGCCUAAGGCCCGAAGUCUACGUCAGAAUUUCAACAAACUACUCAGACAAUAUGGUGAAAAAGAACUCCCGGUAAAAGAGAUGGUUGAAGAACUUAUGGAAGAUGCAGCCAAAGCUGAUAAAAGCAAAUUACCAAAAAUUUGUGCACCAGACUGGGAAUACAAAUUAAGUUCAAUUUUCGUUGAGACCGACACUCCUCUGGGAUGCUAUGGAACACGAAGUACCGCAGCACUGACAGUUAAAACAAGCGGUGAAGUAAGGUUCUAUGAAAAGUACGUAGAGAACGAAACAUGGAAGGAACACACUGUCAGUUAUCAAAUAGAGUGAUUCCGUGGAAAAAAAUCCCUUUGCCAUUUCUUGUCUCUUGAAAAAAUCCCACAUGUGUGGAUGGUUGGGAGGAAUAUGAGAGACCAAUAUGUUUUCUUUGUGCAAGUUUGAUAUAAAGUAUUAAGAAUUAACCGAAAAAA